CAUCACCCAGUUUAAUUUUUUCAUCCGCAGAGUUAAGAUCGUUGUGCGUGAAUAUAUCGCGCGAGUGAUUAAUCAGAAAGCAAAAGGCACGUUUUUCCUCCCACAAUCCAGUAAAUAGGAACGCAUAAAUAGUUAUUCCGAAAACCCAAACUUGAGUGCGUAUCGAUAGUGCGAAGAAAGUUUAAGCGCUGGAAGGUUGUGUAUUGUGAUUGGUGGAAAGAAGACCUGGAAUUUUCGUCUGAAUUUCGAACCAAGGCAGCCGGAAAAUGUCUGUAAUUGGAAUAGAUUUUGGCAACGAGUCCUGCUAUGUUGCUGUGGCAAAGGCCGGUGGAAUUGAGACCAUUGCCAACGAUUACAGCCUGCGAGCCACCCCAUCAUGCGUUGCAUUCGCGGGUCGAAAUCGUGUGCUCGGUGUGGCCGCCAAGAAUCAGCAGGUGACCAACAUGAACAACACUAUCGGGGGCUUCAAGCGGUUGCUUGGGCGCAAGUACAACGAUCCGCACGUACAGAACGAGUUACGCAGGAUACCUUACAAGGUAGAACCCCGGCCAGAUGGUGGCAUUGGUAUAAGAGUCAACUAUCAGGACGAAGAAUGCGUAUUCACCCCGGAACAGAUCACCGCUAUGCUAUUUACGAAGCUGAAGGACGACUCAUUCAAGGAGCUGAAGGCCCAGAUCAACGACUGCGUUAUCACGGUUCCGUCGUAUUCUACCAACGCCGAGCGGCAGGCCCUGCUCGAUGCCGCCGGGAUCUGCGGCUUGAAUGUACUGCGAUUGGUGAACGAAACCACGGCCACAGCGUUGAGCUAUGGAUUCUACAAGCAGGAUCUGCCGGCGGCCGAAGAAAAACCCCGCAAUGUGAUCUUUGUCGAUUGUGGUCACUCGGCACUGCAGGUGUCGGCCUGUGCCUUCCACAAGGGCAAGUUGAAGAUGCUGGCCAGUUGCGCUGAGCAAGUCGGCGGGCGGGACUUUGACUUUCAGCUGGCCGACCAUUUCAGCAAUGAAUUCCAGACGAAGUACAAAAUUGACCCCAGGACAAAUAAGAGGGCUUUUCUACGUCUCUUGACCGAAGUUGAGAAGCUGAAGAAGCAGAUGUCUGCCAACAGCACCAAACUGCCGUUGAACAUUGAGUGUUUCAUGAACGAGAUCGACGUCCACUCGACUAUGCAGCGAUCCCAAAUGGAGGAGCUGUGCGCCGGUUUGCUGCAACGCAUCGAGACCACGAUGAAGAAACUGCUCAAGGAUUCCAAUCUGGCUCUGGAGGAUAUACAUUCCGUUGAGAUUGUCGGAGGGGGCAGUCGUGUCCCGGCAAUCAAGCAUUUGAUCGAACAAAUCUAUGGAAAACCGGCCAGCACUACCCUGAACCAGGAUGAAGCCGUCUCGCGUGGAGCCGCUCUGCAGUGCGCAAUCCUAUCGCCGGCGGUUCGCGUGCGCGAGUUCAGCUGCAAUGAUGUGCAGGCCUAUCCAGUGUUGAUCUCCUGGGAGGAUGGUUCGCAGCGGACGGAGAUGAAAGUCUUCGAGCAGUACCAUACCGCCCCGUUCUCGCGAUUAUUGACGGUCCAUCGACGUGAACCAUUUACCAUAAAUAUUCACUACGAACCAAAUAGUGUUCCCUUUCCGGAUCCUUUCAUCGGCUCCUUCUGCAUCAAGGACAUCAAACCAAGCGCCAAUGGUGAUGCACAAGAAGUGAAAAUCAAAGUCCGUAUCAAUCAAAACGGUAUCAUUCUGGUCUCCAAUGCAACCAUGGUCGAGAAGAAAGAAUCCGAAGAACCUGUCACACCUCCGGCCACUGCUAAUGGUGAACAACAAUCGAACGCUAGCCAGGGAGAGGAAGCUCCUAAAACUGGAGAACCGAUGGACAUUCAAGAGGGUAGCGAUGAUGAGCAAACUAGAAAUGAUACUAAAUCAGACACCGAUAACAGUGGAGGUGGAGGGAGUUGGACGCAAAGGGUCAGCAGAUGGUUUACCUCUUCGGAUAAGAAAAAGAAAAUCACUUCGAAGUCGACCGAAUUGACGAUUGAGGGUAAAACGCACGGUUUCGCCAAUACUGAUCUGGCAAAUUAUCAUGAAUUGGAGAUGAAAAUGAUUGCCAACGAUCUGCAGGAGAAGGAACGCGUCGAUGCUCGCAACGCACUCGAGGAAUUCGUGUACGAAGUACGCGGCAAAAUCCAGGAGGGUGGUGAGUUGAGCUCCUACAUCGAGCCCGAUGAUGCCUCCAAAAUUUGUCUCCAGCUGGAGGAUAUUGAGAGUUGGUUGUACGAGGACGGAGAGAACUGCGAGAGGAACGUUUACAAGGACAAGCUGAGCGGAUUACACAAGCAGACGGAUCCGAUUCGGGCUCGUUGCGAUGAAUACAGCGGACAAGAGCAGGCAUUUACCGAGUUGGGUCAUACGAUCCAGCUAACAUACAAGGCAGUGGAACAGUUCCGUGCCAAAGAUCCCAGAUAUGACCACCUAACGGAGACGGAAAUUCUAAACAUCAGCGAGGCAGCGCAGAAGGCACAAAAAUGGUUUGAGGAGGCUCGAUCCAAGCUGGUCAGUGUACGCAAGACGCAAGAACCGCCAGUGAAGGUUGCAGACAUCCGCCACGAGAAUCAAACGUUGGCCACCUGUACGAAUUCGGUGCUCAACAGACCGAAGCCGAAACCUCCAACCCCACCAGCAGAGAACAAGGAAUCGCAACAGCAGAAUGGUGGCGAUCAGACCAAGGAUCAGCAGCAACCGGAUGGAAAUCAACCUAAGGAUUUCACAGAGGACAAAAUGGACGUCGAAUAAAGCUAGUUAAUACCCCCGUUAACGUUAUAUUAAACCUAAACACAUUUUUUUUUAUUAUUUAAUAUAAUACUUCAAAUGGGACAAGAAAUGUGAGAGAUGCGAGAGUAACUGAUUGGAAUGAACUCUAUGCUUGUAUUUUUAUUUUCACUUAAAAUCAAUAGCAGUAAGUUAAUCGUAUGGUAUGAUAAAAAAAAGAUAGUUACACUAUUACCACUACUAAGCCCAUUAGGCACGCCUAGAAAUCGCAAGAAAACACUGCACUUUUUCUUUAUUUCCUUCAAAUCUUCUCUUCAUCUUCAAUAUCCUACACUAGCGCAAAUCAAACAGUGAAUUUUCUGUUACACCUCAUUUCGCAGUAGGGAUUUUAAGAAAGAUUAUCUGCGAAUUCAGCACCACUUAUGAAUGUUCAUCAAAAAGAGGCAAAACAUAUAAUCGGCAAAGGUUCAAACCAUGUAACUAGCAUACAGAAUGUGUGAUGUAAGAAAAACUCGUGCAACAAACGAGCGGAAUCUAAGAAGAAUACACAUAUAUUUAUUCAAUCCCGUUCAGCAAUAUUACAAACAAUUGUAUGAGUUCACUAUCCACACGUUACGGCUACAGAAUCAGAAUUAUCGUUAGAAAAAGAGCUUGUAUUGAAUACGAUAACUUUUUCUACACUCGAAUCUAUUUGGGAUUGGUUAUAUUUUCGAAACAACACUGCUCAACCCCAUCCAGCAUAAUCUACACCAAUAUAUAGCCUAAGUGCAGGUGGCAGUGAAGCUGUCACAAAAACUAUAGCAAAAAGUGGUUCAUGUUAAGUGUUUCUUGAAUUAUAAUAGAAAUGAAUGAACGAAAACGCAAGAAUCUAGGUAGAUUAACAAUGAUUCGAAACAACAGCUUAUGAUCUGAGCUCUGCCGUACUAAAACAAACCAGCAUUAGAGAUGUGAUUAUGAGCCCUCACCUCCUGAUUGUUCUUUCUUUUGGACAGAGGUAAGGGUGAACGAUGCAGUAAAUCAAGCUGGAAGGAAGGAGGUGUCCAGUUAGGGAUAUAUGUUGGAUGGAACGAAUUGUAAGGAUGUCUUUCUAGUGUCUAACGGGAAAGUAAUUGUGGAAGCAACACUACUUAUAAAAAGAAGCCAGAUAAAUUUGUAACCCUGCAAGCGGAACAGAAAUCCGUUGGAA